GCUCACCAUGCAGAGAGCGCAAGCAUCCGGAACAUUUAACAGCAUUUGAGGACAAAACCCGCGUGAACUUCUAUCUAUUGGCACCUGCAUUUUUGUAUACGACCAAUGGCGGAAUGAUAAGAGAAACUGUUCUAAUAGUUUAGUAAUAUUCGGAUGUAUUUCUUCAAAGGACGAAUCCUAUGACCACAACGCCUUUGAGAAAUGUCAAAGCAGUGAUAGACGAUGCUUCUCAAAUACGGGAUAGUGCAGUGCUAUGUAGGAUGGAGCAAGACCAGGACUAGGGUUUGACCAAUUUUCACAUCGCCGAAUAGAUGUUUGGCAAAAACCAAGACAGAGGGUGUCUGCCGUUGUUUAUCGGUAGUGGUAACGACUGUGUUCCUACAUUUACGCUUUACAGCAGUGCGUAGCCUUUAAGCAUACGGCGUUGCUGAUGAUCGCCAAGAUACUAAGCAUCCUCCUUCAACAUCUUCGCCAACCUUGUACUUUUUCAUCCAAUGCCCAGUGAGAACUACCGCAAAUCUGCAAUCUUGUGUCCGUGGUGCUGAAAGGAUAGCUCCUGGUGUCGUCCAUUCCUUCCAAAGUUGACCCAACGAGAACGAGUGCUUUUAAUUUUCUAAGAGGCAUUGCUGAAAAUGGAUUAUUAUCUGGUUUGACGGCGUCAAUCCAGUUAUCUCUUUGGUUUCAUGGCUGUGGCACGUAAAAUAAAAACUUUGCUUACGGUUAAUAUAUUAGUUUUUGUAGGAAUUAUACUAUUCUCCGUGUACUGCAGAAUUCAGGACCGCUCUGAAGAACUUAUACCGAUCGGGCGAAUUUCAGAUCAGAGACUGCGAGCCAGGAAUGGCAAAGUUUCUAACUUGGUGGACCGACAGUUCAUACUCCAGAGGCUUGAACGCCUGGAAGACGUUGUCUACAAUCAAUUGAAUGGCCUAGCUAAGCCCAUCGGGCUGGUGGAGGGCCCUGGGGGCCUGGGCCAGGGGGGAGCAGCGGCUACUCUGGGGAUGGACAGCCAUGACAAAGAAGAGAGGUAUGAGGAGUAUGGCUACAACGCCCACCUCAGCGACCGCAUCUCCCUCGACCGAAGAAUCCCAGACUACAGGCCCAAAAAAUGCAAACAGUUGACCUAUCAAGAGGACCUCCCUCAGAUUGCGGUUGUGUUCAUCUUCGUGAACGAGGCUCUCUCGGUCAUCCUGCGGUCGGUGCACAGCGUGGUCAACCGCACCCCAGCCCACCUCCUCAAGGAAAUCAUCCUGGUAGAUGACAACAGUGACAAUGUUGAUCUGAAGUUCAACCUAGAACAGUAUGUGAACAAGCGCUACCCAGGCCUGGUAAAGAUUGUGCGGAACAGUAAGAGAGAGGGCCUCAUCAGAGCCAGGAUCCACGGCUGGAACGCGGCCACGGCGGCAGUUGUGGGGUUUUUCGACGCUCAUGUGGAGUUCAACACUGCCUGGGCCGAGCCCGUUCUGAGCAGAAUAAAGGACGACCACCGACGGAUCAUUCUCCCGACCAUCGACAACAUCAAGUACAACACGUUUGAGGUGCAGCAGUACGCCAACAGUGCUCACGGCUACAACUGGGGCCUCUGGUGCAUGUACAUCCGCCCCCCGCAGGAGUGGCUGGACAAGGGAGACGAGACGGCACCCAUCAGAACGCCCGCCAUGAUUGGCUGCUCCUUUGUGGUGGACAGGGAAUACUUCGGAGAGAUUGGCUUGCUUGAUCCUGGGAUGGAAGUCUAUGGGGCAGAGAACAUCGAACUGGGCAUGCGGGUGUGGCAGUGUGGAGGCAGCAUGGAGGUGCUGUCCUGCUCCAGAGUGGCCCACAUCGAACGCAUCAAGAAGCCCUACAACAACGACAUCGACUACUACGCCAAGAGGAACGCCCUGAGGGCGGCUGAGGUCUGGAUGGACGACUACAAGUCCCACGUGUACAUGGCCUGGAACAUCCCCAUGAACAACCCUGGCGUCGACUUUGGAGACGUUUCGGAACGCGUGGCCCUGAGAAAGAGACUGCAGUGUCGAAGCUUCCGCUGGUACCUGGAGCAGGUGUACCCAGAGAUGCGCAGCUACAAUGACACCAUCACCUAUGGAGAGGUUAGAAACAGCAAAGCCAGUGGAUACUGCCUGGACCAAGGCUCCGAGGACGAUGACAAAGCCAUCCUCUACCCCUGUCACGGGAUGUCACCACAGCUUGCUCGUUACUCCACAGAAGGUCUCCUGCAGUUAGGAGCCUUGGGAUCCACCACCAACAUGCCUGACACCAAAUGUAUAAUAGAUGACGGCAAAGAACGCACUCCCCUCUUGAACAAAUGUGACAGUGUUUCGCGCAUUUCCCAGAGAUUGUGGGACUUCACACAGAACGGUCCAAUCAUUAGUCGCGACACUGGCCGAUGCCUAGAGGUAGAGAUGUCCAAAGAUGCCAACUUUGGCCUUCGACUGGUGGUUCAAAGGUGCUCUGGACAAAAAUGGACAAUUCGAAACUGGAUAAAACAUCCAAAGCAUUAAAUGACAAACGGGAUCUUGUAAAGAGACUCCACUUCGGACUCAGGUUGUAAAAACCGUGGACAGUCGGGACGGAGGCUUCCCAUAAGCGCUGAAGGACCUGAAUUGAGAGGAUAGUGUGCUGACUCAGCCAUGGACCACAUGUACUAACUCCUUCCUGAGGGCAAGGAACUGUCAUCUGCUGGAUCUUAAGAAGAAUCUGAUCAAUACCUGUGUUCAUCUGCACCUGGGGCCACACUACAGAAACCAGACUGGAAAGCUAGUUGAUUUGAAACCCUCUAUAUUUCUAAUGUCUACCUACAUGUCUUUAAAAAAAGAAUAAGGGUUAACUGGAAUGCAGUUAACCCAGAAGGUUAAAGGUUUAAA